AUGCACACAGUUUUUCGUGUCGGUGAUCUCAAGCAGGCAGUUAACAGCAGUCGUCUAUGGGAAGUUCAAUUGGCUCUUACGGGUAAAAAUGAUCCACAACUGGCUGCCCUUAUGCAAUGCAUAAAAGGGGAACUCCGUGGUUCCACAGGAUGGCAUCGAUUGGGCGAUCUAAUGCUCAAUGUGGGUCACUUCAAUCUAGCUGAAGAACUCCACAAUGAAUUACUGAAGAACGCGUCUAGCAACGAUGAUAAAGCAUUUACCUAUCAUAGGCUUGGAAUCACAAAAUCACAGCAAGGACAAUACAAAGAAGCAGUUUCAUUUUACGAAAAGUGUCUUGAAAUCAAUCGUAAAACUCGCCCAGGAGAUGAUCCGUCAUUAGCGGAAACGUACAACGACAUCGGUGUCACAUAUAACAAAAUGGGUGACUAUUCGAAAGCACUUGAGUUUUAUGAGAAAGCGCUUAAAAUAAGAGAAAAAUCUCUUCCUCCAUAUCAUCCCGAUAAGGCUGAAACCUAUGACAACAUCGGUGCAUUGUAUUACAGAUUAGGUGACCACUCGAAAGCACUUCAAUUUCACGAAAAAGCACUUAAAAUAAGAGAAAAAACUCUGCCUCCGAAUCAUCCCGUUUUGGCUACUUCCUACAACAACAUCGGUGGAGCGUAUAAUAACAUGGGCAACUACUCGAAAGCACUUGAAUUUUACGACAAAGCACUUAAAAUAAGAGAAAAUACUCUGCCUCCGAAUCAUCCAAACAUGGCUAUUUCCUACGGUAGUAUUGGCCAAAUGUAUCGCAACAUGGAUGAUUAUUCGAAAGCACUUCAGUUUCACGACAAAGCACAUAGAAUAUUCGAAAAAGCUCUGCCUCAGAAUCAUCCGCAUUUGGCUGUUUCGUAUCACAACUACGGUUCGGUGUACAAAGACUUAGGAGAAUACUCGAAGGCAAGUCAAUUUUAUGAACGUGCCGUUGAAAUCGCACGACUUUCAUUACCUGCGAAUCAUCCACAUCUUCAAUUGUAUAAAGAAAGCGCACAGGAUGUAAAAAACAAAAUGUAA